CGGCUUGGAGCUGAGUUCUGAAGGCUGCUCUGGGACAGACAGACUCAGACUGAUGAACGAAGGGCGCUCCAUGGCCACGCCUGGAGAGCAGUGCGCCAGCCUGAGGGUCUGGAACCAGACAGAGCAGGAGCCUGUGGCCUAUCACUUGCUCAGCCUGUGCUUUGUGCGAGCCGCCAGCAGCUGGGUGCCCCCCAUGUACCUCUGGGUCCUCGGCCCCAUCUACCUUCUCUACAUCCAUCGCCAUGGCCGGUGCUACCUCCGGAUGUCCCACCUCUUCAAAACCAAAAUGGUGCUGGGCUUGGCCCUCAUCCUUAUGUAUACCUUCAACGUGGCCGUGCCUCUGUGGAGGAUCCACCAGGGCGUGCCCCAGGCCCCAGAGCUUCUCAUUCACCCUACUGUGUGGCUCACCACCAUGAGCUUUGCCACCUUUCUGAUCCACAUGGAGAGAAGGAAGGGAGUCCGGGCAUCCGGGGUGCUGUUUGGGUACUGGCUGCUCUGCUGCAUCUUGCCAGGAAUCAACGCUGUGCAGCAGGUCUCUGCAGGGAACUUCCGUCAGGAGCCCCUCCACCACCUGGCCACCUACCUGUGCUUGUCCCUGGUGGUGGCUGAGCUGGUGCUGUCCUGUCUGGUGGACCAGCCACCCUUCUUCUCGGAAGACUCCCAGCAAUUGAAUCCGUGCCCAGAGGCCGAGGCCUCCUUUCCCUCCAAGGCCAUGUUCUGGUGGGCCUCUGGACUGCUAUGGAGGGGCUACAAAAAGCUGCUGGGGCCGAAAGACCUCUGGUCACUUGGGAGAGAAAACUCUUCAGAAGAACUCGUUUCCCAGCUGGAAAGAGAAUGGAGGAGAAGCUGCAAUGGGCUGCCAGGGCACAAAGGGCACAGUAGUGUGGGGGUCCCCGAGGCAGAGGCCUUCCUGCAGCCAGAGAGGAGCCAGCGGGGCCCACUGCUCAGGGCUAUCUGGCGUGUGUUCCGGUCCACCUUCCUGCUGGGGACCCUCAGCCUGGUCAUUAGUGAUGCCUUCAGGUUUGCUGUUCCCAAGCUCCUCAGUCUGUUUCUGGAGUUCAUGGGUGACCGCAACUCCUCGGCGUGGACAGGCUGGCUCCUAGCUGUGCUGAUGUUCUCCGCAGCCUGCCUACAGACGUUGUUUGAACAGCAGCACAUGUACAGAGCCAAGGUCCUGCAGAUGAGGCUGCGAACAGCAAUCACUGGCCUGGUGUACAGAAAGGUCCUGGUCCUCUCCAGUGGUUCCAGAAAGUCCAGCGCAGCAGGGGACGUGGUCAACCUGGUGUCGGUGGACAUCCAGCGGCUGGCCGAGAGCAUCAUCUACCUCAACGGGCUGUGGCUGCUCUUCCUGUGGAUCUUUGUGUGCUUUGUCUACCUGUGGCAGCUCCUUGGACCCUCUGCUCUCACAGCCGUUGCUGUCUUCCUGAGCCUCCUCCCUCUGAACUUCUUCAUCACCAAGAAGAGGGGCUUCCAUCAGGAAGAACAGAUGAGGCAGAAGGCCUCCAGAGCACGGCUCACCAGCUCUAUGCUCAGAACUGUGAGAACCAUCAAGUCCCAUGGCUGGGAGCAUGCCUUCCUGGAGCGACUCCUUCACAUCCGGGGCCAGGAGCUCAGCGCCCUGAAGACUUCCACCCUCCUCUUCUCUGUGUCUCUCGUGUCCUUCCAAGUGUCUACAUUUCUGGUGGCGCUGGUCGUGUUUGCUGUCCACACCCUGGUGGCAGAGGACAAUGCCAUGGAUGCAGAGAAGGCCUUUGUGACGCUCACAGUGCUCAGCAUCCUUAACAAAGCCCAGGCCUUCCUCCCCUUCUCUGUGCACUGCAUUGUUCAGGCUCGAGUGUCCUUUGACCGGCUGGCUGCCUUCCUCUGCCUGGAAGAAGUAGACCCCAAUGGCAUGAUUGCGAGUAACUCCAGGCGCUCCUCGAAGGAUCGAAUUUCUGUACACAAUGGCACCUUCGCUUGGUCCCAGGAGAGCCCACCCUGCCUGCACGGGAUCAACCUCACCGUGCCCCAGGGCUGUCUGCUGGCUGUUGUGGGUCCAGUGGGGGCUGGGAAGUCCUCCCUGCUGUCUGCCCUGCUUGGAGAGCUGUUGAAGGUAGAAGGGUCUGUGAGCAUUGAGGGUUCCGUGGCCUACGUGCCUCAGGAGGCCUGGGUCCAGAAUACCUCUGUGGCGGAGAAUGUGUGCUUCAGGCAGGAGCUGGACCUGCCCUGGUUGCAGAAAGUUCUAGACGCCUGUGCCUUGGGGUCUGAUGUGGCCAGCUUCCCUGCAGGAGUUCACACCCCAAUCGGGGAGCAGGGCAUGAAUCUUUCUGGGGGCCAAAAGCAGCGGCUGAGCUUGGCUCGGGCUGUGUACAGAAAGGCUGCCAUCUACUUGCUGGAUGACCCCCUGGCAGCGCUGGAUGCUCACGUCAGCCAGCAGGUCUUCAAACAGGUCAUCGGGCCCAGUGGAUUGCUCCAGGGUACGACUCGGAUCCUUGUAACACACACGCUGCACAUCCUGCCCCAGGCUGACCGGAUCCUGGUGCUGGCCAAUGGGACUAUCGCAGAGAUGGGCUCCUAUCAGGACCUUCUGCAAAGGAACGGAGCCCUGGUGGAUCUUCUGGAUGGAGCCAGACAGCCUGCAGGAACACACGAUGCAGCUACCAGUGACGACCUUGGAGGCUUUCCUGGAGGUGGGAGGCCCACAUGCAGACCAGAGAGGCCCAGGCUCACAGAGGCAGCCCCUGUGAAGGGCAGGAGCACAUCUGAGGUACAGAUGGAGGCUUCUCUGGAUGACCCUGAGGCCACAGGAUUGACAGCAGAAGAGGACAGUGUGCGAUAUGGCCGGGUGAAGACCACCAUAUACCUGAGCUACCUGCGGGCGGUGGGCACACCCCUCUGCACCUACACCCUGUUCCUCUUCCUCUGCCAGCAAGUGGCAUCCUUCUCCCAAGGCUACUGGCUGAGCCUCUGGGCCGAUGACCCGGUUGUGAAUGGGCGGCAGAUGCAUGCAGCCCUGCGUGGCUGGGUCUUUGGGCUCCUUGGCUGUCUGCAAGCCAUCGGACUGUUUGCCUCCAUGGCUGUGGUGUUCUUGGGUGGAGCCCGGGCCUCAGGCCUCCUUUUCCGGAGCCUCCUGUGGGACGUGGCUCGCUCUCCCAUCGGCUUCUUUGAGCGCACGCCAGUCGGGAACCUGCUGAACCGCUUUUCCAAGGAGACAGACACAGUGGAUGUGGACAUCCCGGACAAGCUGAGGUCCCUUCUGACCUACGCCUUUGGGCUCCUGGAGGUCGGCCUGGCAGUGUCGAUGGCCACGCCUCUGGCCAUUGUGGCCAUCCUACCUCUCAUGGUUCUCUAUGCUGGAUUUCAGAGCCUCUAUGUGGCCACAUCUUGCCAGCUGAGACGUCUAGAGUCGGCCCGCUACUCGUCUGUGUGUUCCCAUAUGUCUGAGACCUUCCAGGGCAGUCUGGUGGUCAGGGCCUUCCGGGCCCAGGCAUCCUUCACAGCUCAGCACGAUGCUCUCAUGGAUGAGAACCAGAGGGUCAGUUUCCCGAAACUGGUGGCUGACAGGUGGCUGGCUACUAACCUGGAGCUUCUAGGGAAUGGCUUGGUAUUCGUGGCUGCUACAUGUGCUGUGCUGAGCAAGGCUCACCUAAGUGCCGGCCUCGUGGGCUUCUCGGUCUCCGCUGCCCUCCAGGUGACACAGACUCUGCAGUGGGUGGUCCGCAGCUGGACAGAUCUGGAGAACAGCAUGGUAGCCGUGGAGCGCGUGCAGGACUAUGCUCGCAUCCCCAAAGAGGCUCCCUGGAGGCUGCCCACCUGUGCAGCCCAGCCUCUCUGGCCUUGUGGGGGACAGAUUGAGUUCCGGGACUUUGGGCUCAGACACCGACCAGAGCUGCCCUUGGCUGUGCAGGGUGUGUCCCUGAAGAUCCAUGCAGGAGAGAAGGUGGGCAUCGUGGGCAGAACAGGGGCCGGGAAGUCCUCCUUGGCUUGGGGCCUGCUGCGGCUUCAGGAGGCUGCCGAGGGUGAUAUCUGGAUCGAUGGGGUCCCCAUCACCCAUGUGGGGCUGCACACACUGAGGUCCCGAAUCACCAUCAUCCCUCAGGACCCUGUCCUGUUCCCAGGCUCUCUGCGGAUGAACCUGGACCUGCUUCAGGAGCACACAGAUGAAGGCAUCUGGGCAGCGCUGGAGACAGUGCAGCUCAAGGCCUUCGUGACCAGCCUGCCUGGCCAGCUGCAAUAUGAGUGUGCAGGCCAGGGAGAUGACCUGAGUGUGGGCCAGAAGCAGCUCCUGUGCCUGGCACGUGCCCUUCUCCGGAAAACCCAGAUCCUCAUCCUGGACGAGGCGACUGCCUCUGUGGACCCAGGGACAGAGAUGCAGAUGCAGGCGGCCCUGGAGCGCUGGUUUACACAGUGUACCGUACUGCUCAUCGCUCACCGCCUGCGCUCCGUGAUGGACUGUGCCAGAGUCCUAGUCAUGGAUGAGGGGCAGGUGGCAGAAAGUGGCAGUCCUGCUCAGCUGCUGGCCCAGAAAGGCCUGUUUUACAGGCUAGCCCAUGAGUCGGGCCUCGCUUGAAUGAGGAUCCUUUCCAACCCCCGUGGAGCCAGCCAUAGAGCCUGCAGUGGCUGGAGAUGCCAGAGACUCAAGGGCCACAUGAUGUCCAAUCUAAACUGGAUUGGCAGAGAAAGUGACGGAGUAUUGGGAUACCAGACCCAGAAGAACCCAGCACGCCCAGGUUGGCCUGAGCAAGGCCAUGCCCACCCCAGGUCAAAGAGAAUGGUAUCUCUCAGCCCAAGCUGUCUACUUCAAGGCCACGCCCACUCCAGGCCAAUCAGAUUGGAUGCCCUGGACCCAGGUGAUGGUGUGCACAUAUUCCCUAACUCUUUAUUUUGAAGUCAUUGUAGAUUUCAGUCACAGUUUUAAGAAAUAACACGGAGAGAAACUGUGGCCCCUCUGCCCUGUUUAUUCCAAGGGUGACACCUUGUCCAACUCUAGGACAUCACACUGACUCUGACCGACUCAUCUUUACAACUCCUCUGUUGCUCUUG